AGGAACCUCACUAUGUGGAGAAGCUUUGGAGCUGUGCACCUUCAUCCCCAAACAUCCCCAGAAGAGAAAACACAGCUGAAAAGCACGAGUGAAAGCAGUCCUCAAGGCACCUGUUGAAGCAGCAACAAGAGAAACAAACACAGGGAGCUGAAGGAUGCUGAAGAGGGGAGAAGUUAUUAGGAGCUGCUCCAAUGCUGCCCUUGAAUUAAACAUGGGGCCACAGACAAAGCCAACAUGCCUUGAGAAAAUGGAAGGUGCUACUGCUAGCGAAGACUGUGGUGUAGGCCCCCUUGAAAACCAGCUCAGUGUGGAAGACUUUGUGAAGAUACAACGGGUCUUUGAGUCUCAGGAUCCAAGGCAAACCAUUUGUAUGCCCAGGGAAGAAUUCAUACAGAAGAUGACAGAGACUGUGGGUUGGGGCACAAAGGAAGAGUAUGGAGAACUCUUUGACAAAGUGGAUGUGGCCCGGGCUGGCUUAGUUGACUGGGACAAGCUGACUUCAUUUAUACUGCUAUCACUUUACGAGAGAGAUGAAAGAGCCAAGGCAACAGUGGUUCCCCAAUGGAAGGACCUGGAAUUCCUCCCAGGAAAACACAAGGAUACCAUCCAGAAAGUAGUUUUCUUAAAAAGUUCCAGUCGUUACUUGACUAUUAGCAAAGAAGGCUUGCUAGGAAUCUGGGGAGAGAACUUAAAGUUGCAAGAAACACUUCCUAUCACUUCAGAUGCCACCAAACUCAAAUACCUGUGGGUGACAAGCUUAGUUUCUCUGGAAAAUGUUAACAAGAUAGCAGUGGCUUUUACAAGCAAAGAGAUUUGUUUCUAUGAUCUACUGUCUAAAGAGGAAUUUCCUUGUCAAUACAAACUACAAGGCCUGAAAGGAGCUCCCAUCUGCAUGGAUUAUUGGUAUGAUCCUCUUGAUCCCAAAGAAUCCAUUCUUUCUUUUGGGGAUAUAACUGGAAAGGUUCAAGCAAUUGCCUUCACAGCAGCCAUGAUUUCCCUUUUUGAACGACCUGCUAAUGCAUGUGAUGAUGAAGAAGCCACCAUGACCAUUGACUGGGCAGAGUUGCUCUCUGGAUGUCACAAAUGUUGUUACAUAUUACAGCAUACAUUUCAUCGUGGAUACUGGGUCAGGCAAGUUACUUACAUUGCCUCUUUAGAUGCUUUCAUUUCCAGUACAACCAGCAGUACAAGCACUGUGGUGCUGGCAUGGAGAGAAAAGUCAAAAAAACUCCUUAAGAUGACAUCUUUCAACAUUGCCCAGGGCAUUCAUGCUUUUGAUUACCACUCUCGGCUCAAUUUAAUUGCAACGGCUGGCAUCAACAAUAAAGUUUGCCUUUGGAAUCCUUAUGUUAUCUCUAAACCAGUCGGUGUUCUCUGGGGUCAUUCAGCCAGCGUCAUAGCAGUCCAAUUUUUUGCUGAGAGAAAACAACUUUUCAGCUUUUCCAGGGAUAAAGUUUUGAGACUCUGGGAUAUUCAACACCAGCUGUCCAUUCAAAGGAUAGCUUGUUCUUUCCCCAAAACUCAAGAUUUCAGGUGCCUUUUCCAUUUUGAUGAAACCCAUGGACGACUUUUUAUCUCCUUCAAUAAUCAGCUUGCCUUGUUGGCCAUGAAAAAUGAAGUCAGCAAGAGGGUGAAGAGCCAUUUGAAAGCGGUCACUUGUGUCCUUUACAACUCCCACUUGAAGCAGGUAAUCAGCUCUGAUGUGGGGUCUACUGUGUCCUUCUGGAUGAUAGAAACUGGGCAGAAAAUCAAACAGUUUGAUGGUUGCCAUGGCAAUGCAGAGAUCAGCACCAUGACCUUGGAUGCAAAUAAGACCCGGCUUUUGACUGGCAGCACAGAUGGGACUGUAAAGGUAUGGGACUUUAAUGGAUAUUGUCACCACACCCUAAAUGUUGGACAAGAUGGAGUUGUGGAUAUUUCACAGAUCCUGGUUCUUAAGAAGACUAUUCUGAUUGUGGGCUGGGAGAGAUCAGUUACUGUGUUUAGACCCCAGAACUUCAAUCAGUUUUUCAUCCAGUCUGAAGAAUGGAAAGGGGGAAUCCAUCACCAAGAUGACAUCUUGUGUGCUGCAUUUUUACCUCCACAAACUCUUGCCACAGGGAGCUAUGACGGUGAAAUUGUUCUGUGGAACAACAGCACAGAAAAUGCUUACCAUGUUUUUCACCCUGAACACCAGAGGCAGCUAACAUCCAAAUUUGACCUGGAAGCCCAAAAGGUUAAUGUCAACAGAAGUUGUUCAACGCAGUGCAUGACAGACCAGUCCACCGUGGCUGCUAGAAAUGUUGAGAUUGACACAGAGGGUAAUAAUGCUGUUACAAGACUUUGUUUCCUUGAAGCAAGAAAAAUCAGUGCGGCCACAGGAGGUGCUAAUCUGGUCUCAUGUGGAGCAUCUGGUCAUGUCAGGUUCUGGGAUACAUUUAAGAAAGUGCUUCUGGCUGAAUUUCUGGCUCAUGCAGGAGUUGGAUCCAUUAUUAUGUCUACUGAUAAACUUAAUCAGUACCUUGCCACUGGAGAUACUGAUGGAUGGUUAAAAAUCUGGAACAUAGAGGAUUAUUGUGUUAAUUCCACUGAGAGCAGAAUCACCCAGGCUCCAACUUUGCUCAGAUCGUUUCAACUCCAUGAAGACCGGAUAAGUUCCUUGGAGAUAUGUGAGUCAAGUGGUCAUUUGCUUAUCAUUUCCUCCUCUGCAGACUGCAGUGUCUGUGUGACUGGACUUUCCAAUGCUCCUGCCUUGAUCUUUGGUCAGGCAAGCCAUUGGAAUAUUGAAAACUACUUUUCUCUUCCUAAACAAGAUACUAAUUUAAUAGAAAGUAAGAUUCAAGAGGAAAGCAUGAAAGCAAAUCCUUUAUUUUCUAAAGAGGGCUCAAACUCAGAUUCAACAGAACAUUCUCAACUUACUGAGGAAAACAAAGAUAACUCAACAAACAUUAUCAGGUCAUCAGAAGAAAUGAAUUUUAGUCAGAAAUAUAAGAAGAGAAAUAUUUAUAAGGAAAAGCCAAAGAAACCUUGCUGUGGUGAAAUUAUACAAAAAUCAUCCAGCACAUUUGGGUCCUUAAGCCUUAGAAUCCUGAAAGAGCUGCCCGAAGUGAGUAAACCUGCAUUUCUUCUAGACCCCUGCAAAUUCUUUAAGGAAGAUCGAGAGGAGGAUGAGCCCCAAGGUCCACAGUUUCCUUUGCUCUCUGAAACUUUGAAAGCUGUAUUUGAUGAGAAAAGCCUAUUCCCCAAAGAAAUUCUCGACCGUGAAAGACAAGACAAGCCGUUGUGUCAAGAAACAAAUGAAGUGAAGAUAAAGAGAAAUAAGAAGUAAUUAUGAUCAAGUAACAAACACACCACUGUGACAUAAAGCACCCCCACGAAGGCUGAGAAAUACCCAGAAGUCCUUUCUCUGUUACUUUAUGUGUAAGCAUCAAGAAACGUUUCCUUCAGACUAUGUGUUUGUGCUGACGGCACUCGAGUCUCCCCUGUCUUUGCAGUCUAAUAAUAAGAAAGAUUGGUUUAAAGAAGAGCAAUACCAAGUGGGGUUAUCUAUUUCAGAAGAAAGUAUUUUACCUAGUAUUUCCUGUAAUUGCUCCCGUAGACAAACAUUUAUAAUGUGUUUUACUACAAAAUUUUCAUUAAAAUAUGUGAAAGAACUCUUUGAUCACCUCCUCCUGAGGGGGUCGCAGCCUUACCAGGCCACAGAGGAAGACAAUGUAGCCAGUCUGAUGAGACCUGAUUGGCUAUGGUCAGAUGGAAGGGGAGGAGACCUCCCCUAUCAGUGGACUUGGAGAGAAACAUGGGAAGAGAUGAGGGAGGGAGGGUGAAACGGGGAGGGAAUGAAGGAAGGGGCUACAGCUGGGAUACAAAGUAAAUAAACUGUAAUUAAUAUAAAAAACAAAAAAUUUAAUUAAAAAAGAGUACAGAAAGCUAGCUAUAUACUAGACAUGUGUGCAUUCAUUUCUGCUCUUGAUUACAGAUACAGUAUCACUGGCUGUUUCAAGCUCCUGCCACUGUGAUUUCUCUACUACGCUGAACUGUAAACUAGAAUUAAAAGGGGAAAUAAAGUCCUUUCACUACUAACAUAUGUAUAUGUGUAUGGAAAAGACAAAAAACUCUAGAAAUUUACUUUAAAUAGUUUAUUCUUCAUAAUUUUACUCCAACAGUUUUGAUACUGAUAUUGACAAUGACAGCACAUCUUGUUCUUUUUAAAUAUACCUUUUAUUUUAGAUGUACAAAUUUGUGGUGCACAGUUUUAAAAUUUAGUAGACAUUGAAGUGCUUAAUGACCAUAUUGGGGUUGUGAACACUGACAAGUCAUUAAAUAUUUUCAAGUAUUUUUGACUAGCAUGUGAUCUUUGCACGCGUGGAUGUAUGCAGCGAGGUUAAUAUUUCAGCACAUGUAUCUGAUAUGUAAUAAUCAAAUGGGAAUAAUUGCUAUUUCCUAGUGAUCAUUCUUAUGUUCAUUCUCUUGUGCCCUGAGUGGGGAAUUGGUGAGGGUGAUUGGCCUUCUGUACUUGAAAACCCAGUAGCCUACCACACCCAAACAGUUAAUAGCCAGAAAAACCAGUGGAACAACCAGCAAAGCGCCUGGUCCUUCUUUCAUAAAGAUAUCGGUGUCCUUGAAGAUCUCAUUAGGCAGUGUUUGGCUUUGAAACAUACUGAUUCUCCUUGUGACAAACUUUCCUUUACAUCA